ACUGUGGAAGCGAGCGAGAUCAGAUAUCAAAUAGACGCGUGUCGGGUUAGGGCGGAGGAGAAGCAAAGGGAUUUUAACACUCACUCAACUCAACCUAACAAGCACCGCAGCAUCGCCAACAGCAGCAAUGGAGAACUACCAACUACUAAAGGUCAUAAAGAAAACCAAUCGCCUGCAAGCAAUUGCCCUUGUUACGGACUGGUUUGAUCCCGUGCAUCGUGUGAAUCAGCGGGCAAACGGAGGGGAUUUCAACCCGACAUUCACCGUCGAGGGCGCGGGGCCUGAUAUCGCGAAAGCGGUCGGCAUUGUCGGGGCUGCAGCACGCGAGUUGGCAAAUGUGUACGGCAGGACAGUGUAUCAGCAUAACAUUCUGUCGAGCGAGAAGAAGAAGAUUAGGACUGAUGGGCAAGGUACGAGGAAGAGGAAGAGGAGGAGGAGCCAUGAAAAGAAAAAGGCAAAGUUCUGGAAGAUCAAGAACAAGAAGAAGGACAGAACUCCGGAGGAGCAAGCAGAACUACACGAUAAGAUAGUAGAGAAAAGAAAGAAACUGGAAGAGGAGAAAGGGCAAGCUCAGCCAGUUUCUGACGACAGCGAUGAUGGUUUCGUCUCCUCGUCAGAAUUAGAGUCUGAUGACGAGAAUACGAAAACGAUCACUAUUCCGGUGCUAAGGAUGACGCUGGCUUUCUCGCGAAUCCCCCAGCCGGACUGCACAAUUCAGACACACUCUUCUCGUAUAUAACAACAAACAAGACA